UAUUUAUUAAAGCGUGACUUAUCUUACACAUAUAUUCAGAAAAGGAAAAAAAUAAAACGCCGAAGUAGUCGGGUGCUAAGAAACGACUGUUGUAUCAUACAAAUUCAGUGAAAUUCUCAUUCAGUGGAUUGUCUAAUUUAUUAUCAAGUUAUGUCUGCACAUUUUAUCAGUUUAUUAGCAGUUAUACAUUGGUUUAAUCCAGGUGUAAGUUUAACAAAUGUGGAUCUUUUACUUAUUAAGUAUUAACUUAUAUUUACUACUGUCUAUUGGAUAAUCGUUUGAGUUAUUCCCACCAUCUUGAUAUUUAUAAGGAAUACAAUUUGACUGCUAUUUCUGUGCUGAACAACGACAAAAACAGCACUAAUUUAUCGUCUAUUUCCGUUCCUUAACUGCUGUGAAAUUUUAAAGUCAACUUUCAGAACAAUCCACUGUUUGUUGUUCCCAUAAUACAUUCCCGCAUCUUUAUAAAUAUUCCGCUCAACAAUGGAUUACACAGAUGCACAACGUGUUGACGGUAUAUUUUUUAAAGAGAGAAACCCCGAUUCACAACCUGAAGAUGUUGAAAUGGUGUCUGUUGAGGAAAGUGGCGAAUCUGUAAAUACCAAAUAUGACAUGGUUCGUAAUAAAAAGAAUCUGGCUUUAAUAAUAAAUAACGUAAAAUUUGACAAAUCGACGGGAAUGCCUGAACGACAAGGAUCCGAUAAAGAUGCAUCAGCAAUUAAACAUACAUUGGAGUCAUUGCAUUUUCAGGUGAUUAACCGCACGAAUUUAUCAGUGAAAAGCAUGGAACAAAUCUUUUGGGAUAUAUCCACGAGGGACUAUGCUAAUUAUAACUGCUUCGUGUGUGUUAUAUUAACUCACGGUGAAGACAAUAACUGGAUAUAUGGUACUGAUGAUAAAGUAAAACUUGACGAUUUAGUGGAGAUGCUUCUUCCUAAUAGAUGCCCAGGUUUAAUAGGUAAGCCAAAACUAUUCUUCGUACAAGCCUGUCGGGGAACGAAAUUUGACAGCGGUGCAGUUAUGCACGAUGCUGGUGAUAUGAGAAAAAAAUAUGAAAAUAUUACAUCUUACAAAGUACCACUUUGGGCAGACGUGCUUCUGGCUUAUUCUACUGUCCCUGGGUUUUACUCCUGGAGAAAUUCUACAAAUGGAUCGUGGUUUAUUCAAUCGUUGGCUCACAUUUUCGGAAAACACGGAGACCGACUUGAACUGCAACAAUUAAUGCUUUCGGUAAAUCGUAGGGUUGCCUAUGAAUAUGAGUCUAAGACUAGCCAUUCAGAGAUUAAUGAAAUGAAACAAGUUCCUUGCAUAGCAAGCAUGCUAACGAAAGAAUUAUACUUUUACAAGUGAAAUCUUCCUUUUUCAUAUGUUCUCUCCUCUUUCCUCCUCACCUUAUCCAAACACACACACACACACACACACACACACACACCACAACAUACACACAUUCUGUUAUGAGAACUUACUGUUUCAUUGUAAUAUCUUUUAUGUCCUCUUAACGUUCUUAGUUCAAAUUUCGCCGAGGUCGACUUUGCCUUUCAUCCUUUCGAGGUCGAUACAAUAAGUACCAGUUGCGUACUGAGUCGAUCUAAUCGACUGGCCUACUCCCCCAAAAAUUUCGAGCCUUGUGCCUAGUGUGAAAAAAAAAAUUCUUAUGUACUAAGGCGAAGAGCUGGCAGAAUCGUCAGCACGCCAACGAAAUAUUUAGCGGUAUUUUGUCUAUCUUUAUUUCUUUUAGAACUACAUCGCUUUAUAUGAUCUUUCAUUUCUUAAUACGAUUGGCUGUUAUUUCAAAGUUGUUUGAUUGCUACAUGGACAUUUGUUCAGUCCCCGCACCCACUCACCACUACUGUACUUACGUUUUUAACAAUUUCACUUUAUAUAUGUAUAUGUAUAUUUAUAAAAUUUAGAUUUAAGGUGAAUAUGGUACUUAAGUUUAGGCACCAGAAUUAAGUAUGGUAUUAUCAAUACAAUUCCAAAAUAAGGUGAUUAAAAUCGAAAUAAGCAACAAGGAUAUCCAAAGUUAAUGCUGUACGAUCGUUUCAUGCGACUCCAUUUAUUUAAGCAAUGUGAACAUCAAAUGUUAAAUGCAGAGCAAUCCUCAGCUGUACAAAGAUAUAGAAAUUUACUGAAAUUUCAUUUCAACAGAAGGACAUAUUUUUGUAACUACAUUAAAUUCUCCAAG